UGUAUGAUUCACAAGUGGGUUGGGCACUAAGAGUAAAUUUUUUGUGAUUAAUUACGUAUCAGUUAUAUGUAUACAAAACACACAUUUUUUUAUUUAUAAAAUUUAUUAAACAAAAUUUAAUGACAAGAUGAUUAAACGAUUACAUUUACUUUUAUUUGGUUUAUAUUUUAUAUGCCAAGUUGUGUAUUCCAUUCAACAAUCAAGUUCUUGUCAAAUUCCAUUAGUUAUUAGAGGAUCUUGGUUUUCUUGGGAAAAUGGAAGGAAUACUUUAACAGAAAUAAAUGCUGAAACAAUGACUGAUCGUGGCAGAUGCGUUGAUAUGAUAGAAGAGUAUCAUGUUAAUUAUACAUUUGUGUUUCAACAUGAAACCUGUUAUCACUGUGUUAAAUUAAUUGUUAGAACUGUAAAUGUAUUAGAAAAAGUUGAAGCAUAUUGUGUGAAUCUACCCAGUGGUGUUGAGCCAAAUGUGGAAAAUGUAUGUAAAGGGUUACGUCCUGAUCAACAGUUAGUAACACUAUUUUCAGAGAAUUAUGUCCCAGUAAACUGUAGAUCUUCUCUUGAAGGAGUUUGGCAGUUUGCCUAUCAGAAUAGAUUCAGAUUUACAGGAGAAUGCAAUCACCCAGAUGCUCAAAUUAGAUCAUGUCAAACUGCCGGAACACAAUUUUUGAUAACUAAUCAAAAAUUCAAUAUAACGUACAAACAGUGCGCUGGUAUGAAGAAUACUUUUGAAGGAGUGGUAGAAUACAGUUGUUUGGGAGAUUGGUUUGUUGAUAAAAAUCAUUUUUUCGCGGUUGCAAAUACGAAAGAAUCUAGAAAAGACGAAAAAUACCGAUGUUUCCUAAAGAAUCGCGAUGAUGAUCUUUAUAUUGGUGUAUCUAUUACUGCAGAAUGUAAUACGUUGAAGACAGUUGAAAAAAGUCCAGAACGAUUAAGGGUAACACCCGUUAAAGCGGAAGUGGUAGAGCCAGGAUGCAGACUACCAGAAGAUAUGAGUGGACAAUGGAUAAACACUGCAAAUAUUGAUGCAGAUAUUUUCAUUAAUGAAACGCAUAUAAUUGAAACUUGGUAUCCUGAUGAAGGUCGUUAUAGACGUACGAUUUAUGUUUGUCGCGAAUCGAGGGAUACCAGGGUGAUGAUGGCUAGAUUAACUGUUGAUGGAUGUCAAAAAGAUUAUGUAUGCUUUGACUUUGUACGUCGACAUCAUAAUAUUAUCAGAUAUCGACGUGGUAUUGCAGUUAUUAAAGAUGAUUUCCAUACAGUUUGUUCUUGGGUCCAGUUCCCUAACAAGGAAGCUUGGAAAUAUGAUUUAUUUUUAGCUAAGAAUCCCGUACCAGUACGCUGUCCAGUGGCCGGAAAAUACAUGUUUGCUCAAAAAGGAGAUGUUUUAUUUGAAACUAGAAUUUUAGGAGGUGUUACAAAGUCUCCACGUCCAAAUAUUUAUUGCAAACAAAACAUUUCAGAUUUUUCUGUAUGUGAUACUGACCAAAAGGAAAUUGCCAUUGAUGAAACCUAUUGUUUAUCAGUAGAUCAUUUAGGAAGACCUGUGGAUAUCUACAGUCUCCCGGACUACAAAAUGCAAUGUAUUGGAUUUUGGAAAGAAAAUUUAAAAUCGUAUUUAAUAACCUACGACGAGUUAGAUCCUUUUAGUAAAUAUCGUUGUUGGGUAUAUCAAAGAGCAGAUUUAAAUAAAGUUCUCAUGUCUCAAGCUAUUGGACCAUUCUGUGACCUUAAACAAGAUGUUACAAGCAGUAAUUAUACUGAAGGUGCUGCAGUUGCCUUAGAGUUGCAGGAAUAUGAAAGGGAACGCGAUCAAUGUCCAAUGUAUUUCGAUGACGGGAGUAAUCCUUGGGUCGUAACGGAAAAUUAUAUAAAAAUAUUUCAUUAUGGUAGUGGAAGUAUAAAAACUUCGUCUUUAUAUUCAUUCUUAUUUUUAACAAUAGGUAUGAUUCAUAUACCUUUGGUUGAAACAUAGUAUAUUAACCCGUUUUAUUAAUCAGUUCCGUCCAUAUGUGUACAUAUCGUUUAUUAGACAUGAAUAAUUAAAGACAAAUAUACAUAUACAUAAUGCAGUUAUUUAUUAUAAAUCUUAAAUUCAAAGAGAUAUUUACUAUACAUUGCAAUAUAUAAUACUCAUUAUAUAUAUGUUACAAUAUGAAGUGCAUUAAAAAAAUGUGCCUUAUACUUAAAAA